GUCAGCUUUCUUCUCCUUCCUGCCUGUCCACGCCCACUAUGCUCACCAGUGACAGGAGGUAGGAAGUGUCAUGGUGGCCCAGAAGUCCUGAGAAUCCGCCUACCAAUCCGAGACUGAGGAGACUCCAGAGACAUGAUUGGCAGCUGAAGCUGAGACGGUGAAUCAAUACCCCGGUGCUUCUCUGACAGGUUCAUCUUCUCGGUGCAGACUACCGUCUCCGUGUCGGAGUGAGGCCCUCUCUCUGCUGCAGUGGAGGGCUUCACUCACACCGUCAGGCCGGCUGAAUGCAUCACACAGUGGAGCAGCUAAGCGGGCGAGGCACACGGGAAUCCUUCCCUCUGGACGGACUCAGCCGGGGGCCAUGGCCUCCCGUGGGCGGACGCGCCUGGCAGCCACCUGCCAGGUGUUCACCUGCCAUGAACCAACACCAGCUCCUCCCCCAUCUACCUCCUGGACCUCUGGGUGGACUGAACCAUCACAGUAAAUAUUUAAGUAACGGGCUGAUAAGAGGCGAGAAGCUGGAGCUACCGCAGGCGAUGCUCCCAGGAAUGCAGCCGCAGAGAGCCCCGCCCCCUCACCUCCAUCCCCCGCCUCCUCACCGAGGCUGGGAGCAGCUCGGCCAGCUCUACGACUCCCACCUUCCUCCUCAAGGCCACCCCGUCCUGCCCCUGCCCAACGAGCACCCGCUGCGCCUGCACAACGGGGGCUUCGGCAGCGGCGGAGGCGGACCUCCCCCGAACCUUCAUCUCGGCAGACCGAACCCCCCGAUGAAGCUGGGGGGUCCUCAGGAGCAGCACGUCCCCCGGGCUCCGCCCUUACUGGGAGAGGAAAUGUGGGCUCAGGUGCACCAGCAGAGGGGGUAUUCAGGGAAAAUGCUGGGGGGUCAGCUGAAGAGACCGGGGCCUCACUCUGUGAUCCAGCACACCCCCCUGCCGGCACUGCACACCCACCUGUCGGCCGACGACUCCCCCAGCCCCAGCAAGAGGAAGAAGAGUGCAGAUCUGACGCCACAUCCGGCGCCGCAGCGUUACACUGGCCAGUCCACGCCAUCCCAGCAGUACCACCUCCCCUCAAAGCCGGCCUUCUGGAACCCCAUUCACAAAGACGGCGGCGCUCCGUGGCCGACGUCGGAACGCAAGAACCCGCAGCCACACGACUUUCAGGAACACAAGCGGGGGAUGGGCAGCUACCCCCCAAAGUCCUCUCCUCCCGCUCCCAGUCACAUGACCUCCUCGCCGAGAAACUUCACCCCGGGAUGUCCUCCUCAGUUCCAGAAAGACGCGCUUCAAUCUCAGGCUGCGAACCACCCCUCCCCCCGCUCGUCCUACCAGAGUCCCAAACUGGAGCCUCAGUCUGUGGAGCCACGCGGCGUCCAUGCGGCAUCCACUCCCACCAGGGGGGACGCGGAGCGCCACCUAAAAGUCCAUUCGUCACCAGCAAACGCUUCUGCGACCAGCAGCAAGAACAGCAGCGGCGGCGGCGUGCCUUACAGCCACUUCAGGCCUCACCCCGGGCUGGGGCACCAGGGCCCUCCUGCCAGCAGCACCUCUGUACCUCAGCAGCAGCAAAGUGACCCCCACGAGGCCUGGAGGUACCCCGGCGGUCACUCCCUGGAGUCGGGCGUCUUCAGACCUCCAGGUGUGCUACCUCAGCGCCAGCAGAGCCACAAUCACGUCGCCGACGCUCGACUUUCAGGUCCCCCCCAGCACCUUCACCACGUCAGCCCCCCGCCGCCCCCAGCCAGCUCCACCCGAACCCCCGUCAUCACGCCCAACGCCUCCCGCUCCGCAUGCGCCAUAGGACACUACAGCACCGCCCCCUCUGCUUGUAGCUACGGGGACGGCGGCGGCUGGCAGAGAGGGGCGGAGUCGCUGCCUCAGAACUCCACCGGCGUCAAACCUCAGGCAGACCCUUCAAUGCAGGCGGCAUGUCAAAGAGGCCAAGGUCCUCCCACCAGCAAACCGCAGGGAUCCACAAAAGCCCCGCCCCCAAAGGGCAAGAUGUCAUACUAUCCUCAGGCCGAGCAGGAGCCGCCUCCUCCUCCUGCGUUUUCUUCGUUUUCCUUGUUCUCCUCGGGACACCAGAGGGCAGGAGAGAGUGUGAUCACCAGCCGGUUGUCCAACCCUCCUCCGGCGUACGCCCCCUCCGUCAGCUGCUCCUCAGAACCCUCCAUGUCUGACUCCUCUUCCUCUCGGAUGUUCUCUCCUCCUAAAUGCGUCCCCCAAUCCAUCGAGGAGGCGCUGGACAAGCUGGACGCCGAGCUGGAGGGACACAUGCAGGCAGAGGAGAGGAGGAGAAAGGAACGGGAGGAGCAGGAGAGAAAACGAAGGGAGGAGGAGCGGCAAAGGAGAGAAUGGGAGAUGAGAAAGAAGCUGGAGGAGGAGAGGAAGAAGAAGGAGCAGGAGGAGGAGGAGGAGAGGAAAAAGAGAGAAAUGGAGAGAAGGAGAGAGUGGGAGAGACAGGAGGAGGAAAGGAGGAGGAGAGAGCUGGAGAGAUUAGAAAGAGCCAAGCAGCAGCAGGAGGAGGAGAGGAAGGAGCAGGAAAGGAGAAGGAGGGAAUGGGAGAAGCAAGAGGAGGAGAAGAGGAGAGAACUGGAGCGAUUAGAGAAAGAGAGGCAAGAGGAGAAGAGGAAAAGAACGGAGGAGGAGAGAAAGAGGAAGGAGGAGGAGGAAAGGAGAAAAGAGGAGAAAAGGAGGAGGGAGGAGGCGUCUUUUGAAAGUCUUGAAAAGCUGUUGGCGCCCCCACCUCCUCCCCUCUCGUCUGUCUCUGCGCCUCCUUCCUGUCCUCCGGCUCCCAGCUCCCGGUCCUCCCCUCCUUAUCCCUGGCUCAGCCGGGGCGGCGUGCACCCCAAUCCAGCCAGCGCCGCCGAGAGGCUCCGCCCCCCUCCCCUGACGCCCCAGACGGAGUACGCCCGGGAGAAGCAGCGGCAGAGGGAGCUGUGGAGCGGCGGGAGCGCCUUCCCCUCCUCGACACUCAGCACCUCAGGGACCGACCAGCCGGCGUUCCCCGGGAAACCGCCGGCAAUGCAAGCGGCGCCCAGCCAACCCAAAGACUCAGCCCCAACGUCAGCACUUAGAGAACCCCCCAAGCUCCACCAGGGCUUCCUCCGAGAAGCCCCGCCCCCUCUGUCCCUGAACCCCUCCGCGCACAAGCAGGCGAAGGAGAGCGACGCCGACUCGGACAGUGCGCCGUUCGAGGAGGAGCCCUCCACCAUGCUCCCUGACGGCCUGGCCAACAUCAUGGCCAUGCUGGACGAGUCCAUCCAGAAGGAGGAGGAGAUGUUCAGCAGGGGGAGGAGCUUCAUGCCGGCCGCCGAGCCAGUCAAGAGCUACCUGUGCGCUCCGGAUCUGAUCCCGGCGACCAAGAGCCAGCCCCAUCUGGAGGAGUUCGGCUCUAACGCCAGCCCUCCUGUGCUCAGCCGGCAGGGCUCCCUGGCCUCCCCCUGCAGCCGCACGUCCUCCCUCAACGAGGAGGAGGACGACUACGUCAAAGCUCCUCCCAUCGCUCCUCUGACCACCAAGCCAUCCGUGGAUGGGGUGAUGGGAGCCCGGAACACCAACUAUCGCCACAGCGACCUGGCGAAGCUCUACGGCCUCCCCGAGCAGACGAAGAGCGAGGCGGAGGAGGACUCUGAGGACUCGGAGGCCCCGUCCUGUUCUCCGCCGCCACAGAGGCCACACCUCCACCAGACGGGGGUGAGCAGCAUGUUCAAGUCGCUGGCGAACAUGGAGAACCAGAGGUACGCUUACCGCGGCGGGCCUUUCGGGAGACCUCCUCCAUCGGCCCUGCUCGGCGUUAAAUACUCCUCCUCGCUGUCUCUGGGCCCCGACAUCUGCCGCCAGCAGCAAGGAGGCUCCCCCACCUCUGACUCCACCAACCCUCCCUUCAGCCCCGCCCUCCCACCCCAGAAACGCUCGUCGUCGUCAGAGGAAGACGCCAAGGUCAAGAUGGAGGACAGUGACGGCGAGGAGAAGAGGAGCAUCCCGCCCAUAAAAGUCAUCAAGGAGGAGCACGGGCUUACCACCAUCUCAGAGUCUUCUCUGAAGGAUUUGGGGCGGAGCUGUGAGGCCAUCCUCAGCCGCAAGGAGAAAGCCGACCGGCACAGCAAGACCGAGGAGUGGUUCAAGUCCGAGAAGGUCAGGGAGCACAAAGACCGGGAGAAGAGGAGGAGGAAGCACGGCGGCAGGAAGCACGAGGACAAGAAGGAGAAGAAGAAGCACAGGGACAAGAGAGACUCCUCCUCUUCGUCGCCUUCGUCCUCCCACUCCAGCCACAAGAGGCACAAGGACGGGAAAAGCCAUAGAGAGAAGAAGGAGCACCGGAUCCUCGCAGACUCCUCCCACCAAAAGGCGGAAAAGCACAAAAGUCACGAAUCGGACAAGAAGAAACGCAAAGACGUGUCCGGCAGCAGCUCCACCAGCGAAGGCGAGCAGGCGGAGUGGAGCUCGCACCGGCGGGAACGCUCCUCCGAGCGGAAAAUCGCUCCGGACUCCUCAUUCGGUUCCACCGACUUCCUAAAGCUGAGGGCGCUGUCGGACGGGCCCCCCAAGGAGCUGAAGAUCCGCCUGAUCAAAGUGGAAAGCGGGGACCGGGAGACCUUCAUCGCCUCCGAGGUGGAGGAGAAGAGGAUCCCGCUGAAGGAGAUCACCAUCAAGAACAGCGCCAGUGAAAUCAUUCGCUCCUGCAAGACGGCGCGGGUCAAAGGGAAGUUCAAAGAGUCCUACCUGCUCCCGGCGUUCUCCGUCAAGCCCAACAUGGAUGCAGACGGUCCCAUUCCCAGGGAGAAGCUCAACCCCCCAACACCCAGCAUUUAUUUGGAAAGUAAGAGGGACGCCUUCUCCCCGGUUCUGCUGCAGUUCUGUACGGACCCAAAGAAUCCCGUCACCGUCAUCAGAGGACUGGCUGGAUCUCUUCGACUCAACUUGGGGCUGUUUUCUACCAAGUCUCUGGUGGAGGCGAACGCAGACCAGGCGGUGGAGGUGAGGACUCAGGUGCAGCAGCCCGCCGACGAGAACUGGGACCCCAGCGGCACGGGUCAGACGUGGCCCUGCGAGAGCAGCCGCUCCUACACCACCAUUGCCAAGUACGCCCAGUACCAGGCAUCCAGCUUCCAGGAGAGCCUGCAGGAGGAAAAAGGCAGCGAUGAGGAAGAGGAGGACGAGGAUGUGAAGAAGUCGCCCUCUAGUGUAGAAACCAACAAAGAAUCCUCAAAAGAAGGCAGCAAUGGUGAGCAGAAAUCUGUGGGGAAGAUCAUCAAAUUUGGCACCAACAUCGAUCUGUCUGAUCCCAAGAGGUGGAAGGCUCAGCUGCAGGAGCUGCAGAAGCUGCCGGCGUUCAUGCGCGUGGCGUCCAGCGGGAACAUGCUGAGCCACGUUGGACACACCAUCCUGGGCAUGAACACGGUGCAGCUCUACAUGAAGGUUCCCGGGAGCCGGACGCCAGGUCACCAGGAGAAUAACAACUUCUGCUCGGUGAACAUCAACAUCGGCCCCGGCGACUGCGAGUGGUUCUGCGUGCACGAAAACUACUGGGAGGCCAUCAACGACUUCUGUGAAAAGCAUGGAGUGGACUACCUAACGGGGUCCUGGUGGCCGGUGUUGGAGGACCUCUACAGCUCCAACAUCCCCGUGUACCGCUUCAUCCAGCGUCCCGGAGACCUGGUAUGGAUCAACGCCGGCACCGUCCACUGGGUUCAAGCAGUGGGAUGGUGCAACAACAUCGCCUGGAACGUGGGGCCUCUCAACGGUUACCAGUAUCAGGUGGCUUUAGAGAGGUUUGAGUGGAACGAGGUGAAGAAGGUCAAGUCCAUCGUUCCUAUGAUUCACGUGUCCUGGAAUGUGGCCCGCACUCUAAAGGUCACUGACCCCGACACCUACAAGAUGAUCAAACACUGCCUGCUGCAGUCCAUGAAGCACAUCCAGAUCCUGCGGGACCAGCUGGUAGCUGGAGGCAAAAAGAUCUCCUACCAGAGUCGGGUGAAGGAUGAGCCCGCCUACUACUGCAACGAGUGUGACCUGGAGGUGUUCGACCUUCUGUUCGUGACGUGUGAGAGCAGCAGCAGGAAGACGUACGUGGUUCACUGUGAGGACUGCGCCCGGCAGCGCAGCCCCAACCUCACCAACGUGGUGGUGCUGGAGCAGUACCGCAUCGAGGAGCUCAUGAACAUCUACGACUCCUUCAACCUGGCCGCUCCUGCCCGGUGACAGAGCUCCUCCUCUGCGUCUCCUCAGCCAAAACCAAAACUCCUGCGUGCCGGGACAACUUUUUAUUAUUAUUUUUUAAAACUCCUUUUCAAUUUUAGCAUUUCAUUGACUAUUUUUCGUUUGUUUUUUGCUACUGCUGUGACUCGCCGAGCAGCCAGUUGUUUACUCGUUACUGUUUACAAAAAGAGUCACCAAUUAAAGUCCCAGUUUACUCUCAGAUGGUGCUUUUGGAAGCAGAAGCCGCGGCGACGGAGCGGCUGGUGCUACCCUCGAGCAAAGCGUGGAUGCCGGUUUCAUUCUGAACUUUUGUACAUGCUGUUUGAACUUUCUGUGGGGUGCUGUCGUUUUUUAAAAAAAUAUAUAAUUUAUUGUCACUUUUUUUGUUUUUUUUUCUUGUUUUUUCUCAAAACUAGAUCAGCCUAGAUAUAUACCACAUUGGCCUUGUAUUUAGAAAAGAGAGAAAAUGAAAAUACUAACAAUAGAGUUAUGAACAUUUUUCUAAAGCAUUAAGAUUUUAAAAAAUACAGUUUGGAACGCUUCAAAAAUACGGGUUUUUAGACUUUUUUUAUCGGGGUUUGUUUGUUUUCCUAAAGCUGUAAAUCUUGUUUUUAUGAAUUAUAUCUUCUGGAGAUUUAAUAUUCAGCUGUCACACAUUUCAUUUCUUCCAUUUGUAUUUUUAAAGGAAAAAAAGAUCCAUCUGGUGUGUUUUGUUUCGAUAUUAGUUUUUUUUUUGUACAUUUAAUUUAAGAUGUUUCUUCUAUUUAUUGGGCAUGGACGUUCUCCCUGUUGAAUGAGGUUGUACAUUUUUGCUGUUUCUGUUGUCAUGGUGACUGAUUUGCUCUGAACGGUGGAGGCUGCUGUGUUCCUGGUGCUCGCCUCUCCACUCCUGCCUUUUUUAUUUGUUUUUUCUCCUCCUCAUAUAUAUAAAAUCAAAUCUUUAUCUUGAAUAUAACACACCUUUUCCUGUAGACGAUAGACACACUACUCAUGUAGAGAAGAUGACUAAUGGAAUGCUGUUUGUAUGCUCAUUAAGGACAAAAAAAAUCUCCAAAGUGUUUUUGAUGAACUGUUUUUGUUGAACUGUGUUGAGGAAUUUUAGAUGAGAUUUUUUAUAUCUGUUGAUCAUGGGAUAGAUGGUGCUAAUUGUUCUCUUGGAACAAACCUUUUUUGGGUUUUUUAAUUUUUUUUUUCUUCUUUUUGAAAUGAGAAUUCUAUUUUUCCUGUUGCAAUAUUCUGAGUUUCCUUCUCUUUGUGGUCAUUUAUUUAUAACUGCACUGUUUAUAGAGUUCACACAGACAUACCUGCAGACACACACCAAACUGAGCCAGACAUGUCUUAAACACUUGUGAAUUUGUGUGACAUUACUAUUAAUAAACGCUUUUGCUAAAUCCACAAAA